AUGUCAAAAGCUGCUUACAUGAUGCAGGACCAACUGCGCAGGAACUACGCCCUCAUCACUGAUGUUCACAGUCCCAAUGUGUUUUUGGUCCGUGGAUGUUUAUCGUUUCCACAAGGUCUUGCCGCACUGACGUUGCUUUUCCGCGGGAAACUUGCCGCUGACGUAUAUAGUCAUCCGUACUUCAUAGAAAAACAGAGUAACCCGUCACAGCCCUCACCGCAGUUACACCUCACGGAAGAAUGCCAGAGUCUAAUGAAAAUGAUAAAAGGACUUCAUUUUAUGAAAGACGAUAGUAGUAAAUUAGAUAACACUAUGGUCUUUGUUACCGACUAUAGUGUUAUGGCUAGAGGCAAAAUGCUUACCCUUACAAGCGAAGAGGAAGAUGCCACUGAGUUGAUGGAGAGAAAUCGAAGGAAUGGUGAAAGCGAGAAGGAAUGGCAAGAGCGUCUGCUGCGCCUUCGAUGGCAAAAGACAGCUUCAAAUCGUCGCAAUAACAAUCAGAGCGUUAGUAGUGGUAUUUCUUCUGCUGAAUCUUCCCUGCGACCCUUUACACGUCAGAGUCAUCUUGCUAAUGAUCAACAAAUAACUUCUGAGAAACCACAUCGUUUUGUUGAACGGGAUGGAGCUCAUACUGUUUUAUACAAUCCUAUAGAUACAGACCCAAAGACGUUCGAUGCCACCAUACGAAAAUUAAAUGACGAAGAACGAGUGGUAAAGACUAUUGUUGUACCAACUCGACAAGGUUGGGGAAGUGUUCGCAUAUGGGCAGAGGCUUUCCCUGACGCUUGCAUUCUUUGCAGCGGUGAUGCGGGUCGCCAUACCAACACACAGAAACAUCAACAAGAACAACAACAUUUACAGAAUCAAGUGAAAGUGCAUCGUGCAGGUGGUUGUAUUGAUAUGGGAAACGGUGUCACAGGUCUUUCCUUUCCAGAGGUGGACGAAGAUGAAUUAGUUAAUAGUGAGGAUGGUGCCACACCAGCGGUGUAUGACAGCGAAAAUAUCUGCAGUUUGUACUCUCAUCAGUUACCUGUGAAUGUAAGACAUAACGCAGAUGAUGAGUUGCGAUGUUCUCCACGUCUCGAAGCUCUAGGAACAGUAGAGCAACGACAAAUUACUCCCAAUAUUGAACUGUUGCGAAUAGCCGGAGAUGAUCAGACAAACGAGUACAUUUUAUACGAUCAUAGUAGUGAAGCUCUAGCAUGCACUGACUUAUUUCACGGAGAAUACAGUGAUCUAGACCCUGUAAACUCGUGGAUGUGUCGUGUUUGGUUUAAAUUUAUGAAGGGUGGAGACUAUAAACGAGUUGAUGUUGUUCCCCAGUUUAAGUGGCUCCAUGUGAAACAGCAUGGUGACCUAGGUGCAGUACAUGAAUCAAUAGAGAUGCUAACCAAAACACGGCCAAUAAAAUAUUUGCUCUAUGCACACGGAACCCCUCCACGUACUGAAGACCCUGCAAACGCGUUGCGCCUGCAGUGGGGGAUGUCCCCGUUGGAGAAGCAGCAUCAAAAAGGACAUGUAAAGUGA